AUGAAAAUAUAUUUCAGGAAAUUAUGGAAAUUGCGUGCCGUAUGGUUUUUUUUAAUGCUCGUUAUUAUUCAAGCUAUAUUUGGCUACCUGGCCAAAAGUGUGGCAUGCUUGACUGCCACUGUUCUUAUGAUUUCUGAUUACUUGGGCGAACACUCGAUUGAUAGGAACCGUCCGAAUGCGUUUCGUAGAAUUGACUCAGUUUUUCAACCGCGUCGAUUUGUUCAGAUGAGUACAUUUAUUGGCGUUCGUGCGCAACAAAUAAUACAUGCCAUCGGUAACCACGGUACAUGUUUGGUGCUGUUUGUAGCUGCGAUCAUACUUUAUAUCCAGCAUGAUGCGAUUUUGGCUGAUUCGAUCGCAACAUUUGUGAUAACUGUGGCAGUUCUAUCGAAUGCUGCAUCAGUAAUACCGAAGCACUUAUAUGAACUGCGAUAUAUCGGAACACUUGAGGACACAUAUGAAGAAGUAUUGAGUACAGGACAAGAAAUAUAG